CGCAUGCGCACUGCACGCCCCUCAAAGUUUUUCGGGGGGUCGUGCGCCCACGAGUUGAGAAGCCCCGGGGACCCCCUCGCAACGAAACCCCCGAAACCCCCCGACGACUCGGGGGCCUCAACGCCUCGCCUCCGAGCGAGACAAGCGAGGCGCGACAAGGACCCGGCCACAGCAACAUGGAGUUGGGCGGCGGGGCCGGCGCCGCGGAGAAGCGGUUUCGCGGUUCGGGGACCCCCAUCCCGCUGGGGUCCCAGGGUCCUGGCAGCGUCAACACUCGGAUCCCUCCCGCCUCGGGGAUCACCCCGAUGGGGUCACGGACCCCGGGGGCUUUGACCGCUCGGAGCCCCGGGUCGGGUAGCCUCGUCGUGGGGGGAGGAGGAGGAGGGGGGACACUGACCCCCGCAGGGACCCCGCGGGGCCGGAGGACCCCCUCGGGACGAGUUCCCCCGCGGCCCGCGGACCUCAAGUUCCAGCUGAUCCUCAUCGGGAACCGCGGCGUGGGCAAGACGAGCCUCAUGGAGAGGUUCACGGACGACGCCUACAGCGACGCGUGCAAGUCCACAGUGGGCGUUGAUUUUAAAAUCAAGACCAUCGAGCUUGGCGGAAAGAAAAUCCGAUUGCAGAUCUGGGACACGGCUGGGCAGGAGCGCUUCAACAGCAUCACGUCGGCCUACUACCGGGGGGCGCGCGGAAUCCUGCUCGUAUACGACCUCACGCGCAGAGACUCCUUCCUCGACCUGCACAAGUGGAUGAGCAUGGUGGACAAGUACGCCUCCGAGGACGUGGAUUUGCUGCUGGUUGGGAACAAACUCGACCGGGAAGCGGAGAGGGAGGUCACGCGGGAGGAGGGGCUUAAGUUUGCACAGCGGUUUAGCGGCAUGCGGUUCUGCGAGGCGAGCGCGCGCGAAAACCGGAACGUGGAGGACAUCUUCCUGCGUCUGGUGGAGGACAUCGUGCGCAGGAUGCCUAUGGAGCCGCUGUCUCGCGACCUCAUGACAGGGGUCCUUGCCCUCCCCUCGGAGCCCCCCGCGCCCGAGCCCCCGACACGCAGGUGCUGCUAGCGGAGGAGUGGAAUGGGGAGCAGAGGGGAACAGAGGAGGAGGUCAGGGGAGUGGGCGGGGGGAGGUGAGAUGUGGGAGCGUGAGUGGGACCAGGUCAGAUGGGGUCAGGUGAGGUCAGGUGAAGUUGCACGAGGUCAAAUCAGAUUGGGAGAAGUCCAAAAGGGACCGGCUGUGGCCAGGUCAGUUACGGUAUCCACAAGUCGGGGUCAGGUCAGGAUUAUCUUAACCAGGCCAGGAGUUGGCAACAAAAAUAACACGAAUAGCCAUGAAUUUCGAUUGAGAGCUUGGGGUCAGGUCAGGUCAGGUGAAGUUGCAUGAGGUCAAAUCAGAUUGGGAGAAGUCCAACAGGGACCAGCUGUGGCCAGAUCAGUUACGGUAUUCACAAGUCGGGUCAGAUCGGAUCAAGGUCAGGGUCAGGAUUAUCUUAACCAGGCCAGGAGUUGGUAACCAAAAUAACAAGAAUAGCCAUGAAUUUCGAUUUAAAGCUUUCUUGACUACAGGGAUUCAUAUUCUUGGUUCUUUCGGUAAAGUCCGCGUAGAAGGGAUAUAAUACAAUUUCCAUUCGACGUGACUUUACCGAAAGAACCAAGAAUAAGAAUGAGCCAUGCGAGUAAGUUCGAGAUGGCGCUCCUUAAUAAAUAACGUCACGAAGUGGCCUGUCGAAGAACCGCAUACCGCUCUGGAGCCACACUGUCGCCGACCCCUGAAGCAGCCGAAUUGGUCGUUUUCCCUCCAUCACCUCCCUCCUCACCUCCUCCAUCACCUCUCUCCUCACCUCCUCCAUCGCGAGUCCACGCCACCACCGAGACGCUGUCGGACAACACAAAGGCACCCGCCCAGCAGUCGCCACCUCGUGCAGUGCAGUCGAGGAGUGCGAGCGAGCGUCGUCUGGCGAGAGAGGAGUGUUGUCGCUUGACAAGCGUCAGGACGGUCAGGAGCCGUGUCUGGCGGGGGAGGUUUGUACGUCGAUGAGCGUCGUGCGAUCAUGGGGAUUUGUUUUCCGAGCGUGGUCCGUAAUGAGCGUUGCCGUUUGAAGUGCUGUCCGUUGGGUGAGGAGCAUUGUCGGCAAGUGCUGUAGGCGGCGAGUAUUAAUUUGUCAGUGUUAGGAACUUAUUGGGUGUUGCCUGUUACAGAGUGUUGUCUGAGUGUUGUUUGGUCAAGAGAGCAUCACGACAGGGAAUGUUUGUUGUCCCCUCAUCGUUGCCUACUGCUCAUCGUGGUCAGAGCGCGGGCACCUCGAGUGUCGCUUGCUAAGGAGUGUGAUGCGCUAAUGUUUGUCUGCCAAGGAAUGGUAUCUCUUACAUCGUUGGGAGGAUGACGUCCCAAGCAACGGAACCGAUUGUCAUCUUGUAGAUGAAGUUUAUUUGUUUAGCCAUGUUUCAAACUCAUGAGACCAGGAUGAAUAUAAUUGACAGCGUCCCGCCCUGGGUAGUGACCUGGGCUUGUCUGACGCGGUCCAUGUGGCAAUGACAGCACCGGCACCGAUGUUGACGUUGACGCGCUCCAUGGUAAACCUAGAGUCUGAUUGGUCGUUAGCCGAGCUUCCUUCGCAAACUCGGUGCGUUGGACAGCCCAGGGCACGCAGCCUCGAGUGGGUAGCAAGUAAUUCCAUUGAGCAGUCUGUCUGUCGGCAGGUCGAGAGACACAGUUCUCUCCACCACGUUGCUCGAUCUUGCGUUGCUCUCUUCAUUUGUCCGUACGUCCCUGUUGAAUAUGUUCUCACAUCGACGUUCUCUUGCUUCCUCUUGGUCUAUUUUCCCAAAGAAUCUUCCCUGCGUCACCUCCAUCGGCAAAGCUGUGUCGCUACCAGGCCCGUGUUUUAGCCUCUUAGCUACGGAUUUCAACUACCCAAUUAAACUGAAUUAAACUUAACAUCCACGCAGUUAAACUAAGCCACUUUGUGCACCGAUACGGUAAAAUUAAGAUGCAUUUACUGCGGUUUACCAUGGCCGGUUCAGUUUACCGUGGUUCGCCGUGGUUGGUUUACCGUAGUGAGUUCCGUUUGCCCGUGGUUUCGCGAGUGUGUGUGGUGUCGUGAACCCAGGGGUCAUGCAAACCCAUAACUACCACAUAUACGAUCUUGAUUUGAAGCUUUUUUGACUGCAGGGAAUCCAUACUUUUUGGUUCUUUCGGUAAAGUCACGUGGGUAGAAAAUGAAAUGGAUCACGACGUUUCGAACUGCUGACAUCAGCAGUGAUCCUGCUGUGUUUGUUUCGCCUGAUGACGGUUGCUUGUGUUGCGAUCGAAACGUCGCGAUCUAUUUACUCCAUAUACGAAUCGCGAACUUUGGUUAUUGCCCGCGCUGUUCAAUGCAUGUAUCUUGCGCUUAGUAAUUUAUAUGGAUCGAUGAAUUGUUAAAUCGUUAACACCGCAACUCAAUGAAUUAGAAGAAGAAAAAAUGAUCGAUUCUUGAAUCAAAUCUCAACCCCCCGAAUCAUGACUCGUUAGGACACCAAGUAUCUGCUAGAGAAGAGCCACACUUGGUUUGUCUUCUUUUAAACUCUGAACAUUGGGCUGCAUUUGCAGCGCGCUGCCAAUGUCUCUGCUAUGCACUGCAAGGGCAACACAGAUGGGGAAGCUGCAGGGGGUGCGGCAGGGAGAUGCUGCCGCCUGUGCCUGCAGCAGAGGAGUGCAACUUUCUAUGGAGAGAAGCAAGAAGCCUUAGAGCAGCGUAAGGGGGAAACGCGCUUCCGCACACAAAUGCAGCCCCGGUGUUCAGAGGCGCCGAGUCGAUGGCAGCGCUGUACAACUCCCACGACGAAAAGCGGACGAGCGCUAAAAGGAGGGUGUGAUGGCUUGCGAUGGGAAGAAGCGAGCAGUUUUGGGGCAGAGAAAACUAUCAAACUACCCGGUAAACAUGGAACGUUUGGGCCAAUGGUUCCAACCACAUAGCACUGUCGACCCAACGUUGAAUGUUUAAUGUGGGUAGCCAACUUAACGCCAACACCCUGCCCUUAGCCCGAACUAACUAGCGAAUCAAAAGUUAUAGGGAGCUGUACUCGUAACAAAUUGGCAUAUUAUGCUUACGUGUCAAACCUUACAAAUUGGCUUUGUCGGGUGGUGGCGGGUUUAACGACACAUAUUUACGUGAUCUAACCCAAGAAACCUCUAUUGUGGAAAAGUUACGGAUCCCAGGAGGGAUGAUGGGCUGAGUCGACCAACCCGCAACCAGGGUUUGAACUCUCAACUUUCUGAUUGCGAGCAGUUCACUUGACCGCCGAGCCAGAUGCCCAGUAGCCAAUCAAACACUUCAUAAACAACUAGCCAAUCAGAUGAUAUCCCUAUUAUGAACCUAAUCAACUAGCCGAUCAUCCACAAGUACUAGCUCUUUCAUGACAGCGAACCAACUAGCCACACACACCCUAACGAGCUAACCAUGACUAGUAUUGGUACUAGCUCUCCCAUAGAAUCUAACUCCGAACUAGCCAAUCAAAUUCUAGCGCUGACCGACUCGCAAAUGAUGUAAUAGUACUCGGCUUUUUGCUGCCCCGAGCCCCACCUACAAUAAUGUUUCACUAGGGGGGCGCAUUCAAUGAGCAGAGCGCUCCAGAGCGCAUUUCUAUUCCACGACUUGUUCGCCCCGAGCUCAUUGUCACUGACAGGAGCUGCUUUGAGAGGAGCUGCCUCGUCAACGUGUCAAGAUCCGGCCAAUCGGAGGCACACCGUAUGUUGUUCGACGCAAUAUGCUGAGGCAUCCUAAGGCAGACCGUUCGAUAAGAACUAAAUUCAAUCUCGUAUCGCCACGGCAGGCCGCUCUGGCUCAUUGAAUGCACCGAAGCGCAAACCUUUUACAUUUAUAUUUUUUAGUGUUCGCAGAUCUACGCUCCCAUUUCGGUCGCCUGUGUCAAAAGAAACACGUGGCAUUGUUCAACGACGUCGUUGGGCGGUUGCAUAAUGGCGCCAUUAUGACGUCAUCGACCAACGUGUGCCCGGUGGGGUUUCUCGUCCAUGACGUCACUAAGUCUUGAAUUACGCUCCCGGUAAUUGUUGCAGUUCAUCGAUUCAAACAUUAAAAUCGAUUCUCACCGCUCGCCGAGCGUGCAUCGAAUCAUGUUGCGUGUAAAUGGAUUACACUGGUCAACACACUUUUUCUGGCAUAAGGUAUUCCAACUGUUUUAAGGUAAUUUUGGGGUGCUGAUUCCAAAUCUGGCAUCAGGUUUUGGAGAUAUCAAAUAUUGCAUUUUCAAUAAAAACUGCAGAAGAAAAAUAUUAAAUAAAUGUGGAUAUCUACCUAAAAUUAUAUUAUAAACACACUAUCCUAAAAUACAGCACCAUAUUUUAACACUAAAGCAGUCACUGACUCGCAACAACUUGCAAUCAUAAGUGACAGAGUUUAUUUCGGGUAAAAUCAAUGAAAAUGGGGUAUGCCGAUAGCAUAAAAAUGAGAUGUGAUAGAGCAAAUCUGAGAUCAGAUUUGGAAUCGGCACCCUGAAAUUAGUCUAAAACAGCUGCAAAAGUCCAGGCCAGAAUUUUUUUUUAUUGUUGACCAGUGUUAUUAUUAUAAACAGUUGCGCACAUUAUCAUUGAGGUUAACAGUUGUAACCAUGGUGACGUUGCGAGCCUUAACGCUAAAGAACCGAAAACGGUGACGCCGCGAAGAGAUUGUUUCUAAAGUGAUGACGUCAUUGCCGCCGUUGAUUGUGACGCCAACCACCCGUCGCAGGUGACGUAAUGACCCCAACGAUGUCACGAUGGAGCAGUGCUGCCACGUGACCCAUUUUACAAUUUCGACGCAGCAAAAACAAUUCAAUAUAUUCGUCAAUAACUCAACCCUUUAGAUAAAAUAUAUUUUACGAUUUUCUUGGUUCUUUCGGUAAAGUCACGUAGAAGGGAAAUAAUAAAAAUAAACAUAAUAUAAUAUUUUUAUUAUAUUAUUUAAUUAUGUUUUAUUUUUAUUCCUUUAUUAUUUCCCUUCUACGUGACUUUACCGAAAGAACCAAGAAGAUGAAUCCCUGCAGUCACGAAAGCUUUAAAUCGAAAUAUUUUACGAUGUUUCGGCCAAUGGCCCUUUCGUCAGUUGGCAAAGAUAAGAGGUUGAUCUCUGCUUUAGUGUAAAGCUUGAUCAGAACCUCCGCGAUCAGUUGAGGCAAUUACAUCCCUGUAGAAGCCGUGCAACUUAAUCAUCGCCAGCUGCUGCAUUGUCCACAUGUGAACGGGUAGUUGCUUUAGUCAGGAUCAACCGAUCAAAGUUGGCAAAUGUGCACGCGGUGAAAUGCGUAACUGAGACAUCACCGAGCAGAUCGCUGCCGGAAAGUAGCCUGUCAUAUCCUGCAAGCAACCAGUUGCGCAUCCGCUUGCAACUGGUUGCAGAGACCACAGGUGAUUCGGUUGCAUGCAACCAAGUUUGCGCAACUGAUUGCUCAAAUGUGGACAAAUCUCUGAGCAGAUCGUUGCUUGAAAGUCGCCUUUUUUCCCUGCAAGCGACCAGUUGCACAACCCAUUGCAGAGGCCACAAGUGACUCGGUUGCAUGCAACCAAGACGGGCAACAUCACUCGGAAGUUCACCUGGGUUUACGUGACAGGCCAGCGUUAUUGACGAAUGCGUUGUGUUUUGUUGUUAGCAGCAGCAGCAGCAACAGCGUCGCAAACAUUUUAAUUUUGUUCAAACUUUUUUUUUUAUGUGGGAUUGCUUUUGCGUUUAACUUUGAUAAAAUUAAGGUUGUUUGUUUUAUUUCCCGCAUUCAUAUUCUCACCCCGCCAUGUACUGCACCUUUAUCAUAGUAAUAAUGCUGUAUGUUAUUGUCUGUAUGAUAUUAUAUGUAAGUAUAUAUAAAUAUACAACUGACGUGUUACGCCACCGGCCUCGACUAAAAACACACACAGGGCCGAGAAAAACUUAACAAACAAACAAAAAAAUCCCAUGACCGAUUCGUGUGAGCGUUUUUGCGAAAUGGUUUCAUUAUAUAUAAUAAUAAUAAUAAAAAGAACAACAGAAAAGUAA